AUGACUGAAUGCACGAAUUCAUUGUCCUUCUUCUCUCUUAUUUCAGGUUUUCAAAUUAAACCUUUCACAUCCCUUCAUUUUGUGUCUGAACCUGCUGAUGCUGUCACUAUGCGGGGUGGAAAUGUCCUGCUCAACUGCUCCGCAGAGUCUGACCGAGGAGUGCCUGUCAUCAAGUGGAGGAAAGAUGGCCUCAUCCUAGCCGUGGGCAUGGACGACAGGAAGCAGCAACUCCCUAAUGGAUCUCUGUUGAUACAAAACAUACUUCAUUCCAGACACCAUAAGCCAGAUGAAGGACUUUACCAGUGUGAGGCAUCCUUGGGAGAUUCUGGUUCAAUUAUUAGUCGGAUAGCAAAAGUUGCAGUAGCAGGACCACUGAGGUUCCUUUCCCAGACAGAAUCUAUCACUGCCUUCAUGGGAGAUACAGUGUUACUCAAGUGUGAAGUCAUUGGGGAACCCAUGCCAACAAUACACUGGCAGAAAAAUCAACAAGACCUCAUCCCAGUUCCAGGAGACUCCCGUGUGGUGGUCUUACCUUCUGGAUCAUUGCAGAUCAGCCGACUUCAACCAGGGGACAUUGGAGUCUACCGAUGCUCAGCUCGGAACCCAGCCAGCACAAGAACGGGAAAUGAAGCCGAAGUUAGAAUUUUAUCAGAUCCAGGGCUGCACAGGCAGCUGUAUUUUCUGCAAAGACCAUCCAACGUAGUAGCUGUUGAAGGAAAAGAUGCUGUCCUGGAGUGUUGUGUUUCUGGCUACCCUCCGCCAAGUUUCAUCUGGUUACGGGGCGAGGAGGUUAUCCAGCUGAGGUCUAAAAAGUAUUCGUUGUUGGGUGGCAGCAAUUUGCUCAUCUCUAAUGUGACAGAUGAUGACAGCGGAACCUAUACUUGUGUUGUCACAUAUAAGAAUGAGAACAUUAGCGCCUCUGCGGAGCUCACAGUCUUGGUUCCACCAUGGUUUUUAAAUCACCCUUCCAACCUCUAUGCCUAUGAAAGCAUGGAUAUUGAGUUUGAAUGUGCAGUUUCUGGGAAGCCUGUGCCCACUGUGAAUUGGAUGAAGAAUGGAGAUGUGGUCAUUCCUAGUGAUUAUUUUCAGAUAGUGGGAGGAAGCAACUUACGAAUCCUUGGGGUAGUGAAGUCAGAUGAAGGAUUUUAUCAGUGUGUGGCUGAAAAUGAGGCUGGCAAUGCCCAAAGUAGUGCCCAGCUGAUUGUCCCCAAGCCUGCCAUCCCAAGCUCCAGCAUCCUUCCUUCUGCUCCCAGAGAUGUGGUACCUGUCUUGGUUUCUAGUCGCUUUGUCCGUCUGAGCUGGCGUCCACCUGCAGAAGCAAAGGGGAACAUCCAAACCUUCACAGUCUUUUUCUCCAGAGAGGGUGACAACAGGGAGCGAGCUUUGAACACAACCCAGCCUGGGUCCCUUCAGCUUACUGUGGGGAACUUGAAACCAGAAGCCAUGUACACCUUCAGAGUUGUUGCCUACAAUGAGUGGGGACCGGGGGAGAGUUCUCAACCCAUCAAGGUGGCCACUCAGCCUGAGUUGCAAGUUCCAGGGCCAGUAGAAAACCUGCAUGCUGUAUCUACCUCACCUACCUCAAUUCUUAUUACAUGGGAACCCCCCGCCUAUGCAAAUGGUCCAGUCCAAGGUUAUAGAUUGCUCUGCACUGAAGUGUCCACGGGAAAAGAACAGAAUAUAGAGGUUGAUGGACUAUCUUAUAAACUGGAAGGCCUGAAAAAAUUCACGGAAUAUACUCUUCGGUUCUUAGCUUAUAAUCGUUAUGGGCCAGGAGUAUCUACCGACGAUAUUACUGUGGUUACACUUUCUGAUGUACCGGGUGCUCCGCCACAGAACAUCUCACUGGAAGUGGUUAAUUCAAGGAGUAUCAAAGUAAGCUGGCUUCCUCCCCCAUCAGGAACACAAAAUGGAUUUAUUACUGGCUAUAAAAUUCGACACAGAAAGACUACCCGCAGGGGUGAGAUGGAAACGCUGGAACCAAAUAACCUCUGGUACCUGUUCACAGGAUUGGAGAAAGGAAGUCAGUACAGUUUCCAAGUGUCGGCCAUGACUGUCAAUGGCACUGGACCACCUUCCAACUGGUACACAGCUGAGACUCCAGAGAACGACCUAGAUGAGUCUCAAGUCCCUGACCAGCCAAGCUCCCUUCAUGUGAGACCCCAGACAAACUGCAUCAUCAUGAGUUGGACUCCUCCUCUCAACCCAAACAUCGUGGUGCGAGGUUAUAUUAUUGGGUAUGGCGUUGGAAGUCCUUAUGCUGAGACAGUGCGUGUGGACAGCAAGCAGCGGUACUAUUCCAUUGAGAGAUUAGAGUCAAGUUCUCAUUAUGUAAUCUCCUUAAAAGCUUUCAACAAUGCUGGAGAAGGUGUCCCUCUCUAUGAAAGUGCCACCACACGCUCCAUAACAGAUCCCACUGACCCAGUUGAUUAUUAUCCUUUGCUUGAUGAUUUCCCCACCUCGGGCCCAGAUGUCUCCACCCCCAUGCUCCCACCAGUAGGUGUACAGGCUGUGGCUCUUACCCAUGAGGCUGUGAGGGUCAGCUGGGCAGACAACUCUGUCCCGAAGAACCAAAAAACAUCUGAUGUGCGACUUUACACUGUCCGGUGGAGGACCAGCUUUUCUACCAGUGCCAAGUACAAGUCAGAAGACACAGCAUCUCUCAGCUACACAGCGACAGGCCUCAAGCCCAACACGAUGUAUGAGUUCUCAGUCAUGGUGACAAAGAACAGAAGAUCAAGCACGUGGAGCAUGACGGCACAUGCCACCACCUACGAAGCUGCCCCGACUUCUGCUCCCAAGGAUUUGACAGUCAUUACUCGAGAGGGGAAGCCUCGUGCUGUCAUUGUGAGCUGGCAGCCUCCCUUGGAAGCCAAUGGGAAAAUUACUGCUUACAUCUUGUUUUAUACCUUGGACAAGAAUAUACCAAUAGACGACUGGAUUAUGGAAACUAUAAGUGGUGAUCGACUGACCCAUCAGAUCAUGGAUCUCAACCUUGACACCAUGUACUACUUUCGAAUUCAAGCACGGAAUGCGAAAGGAGUGGGGCCCCUUUCUGAUCCCAUCCUCUUCAGGACUUUAAAAGUGGAACACCCUGACAAAAUGGCUAAUGACCAAGGUCGUCAUGGAGAUGGAGGUUAUUGGCCAGUUGAUACUAACUUGAUUGAUAGAAGCACUCUCAAUGAACCACCCAUUGGACAAAUGCACCCCCCACAUGGCAGUGUCACGCCUCAGAAGAACAGCAGCCUGCUUGUGAUAACCGUGGUCACCGUUGGCAUCCUCACAGUGUUGGUAGUGGUGAUUGUGGCUGUAAUUUGCACCCGGCGCUCUUCAGCCCAGCAGAGGAAGAAACGGGCCACCCACAGUGUGAGCAAGAGGAAGGGUAGUCAAAAGGACCUCCGACCUCCUGACCUUUGGAUACAUCAUGAAGAAAUGGAAAUGAAAAAUAUUGAGAAGCCUUCAGGAACUGACCCUGCAGGAAGGGACUCCCCUAUCCAGAGCUGCCAAGACCUCACACCGGUUAGCCACAGCCAGUCAGAAACCCAGAUGGGAAGCAAAAGCGCCUCGCAUUCAGGUCAAGAUACCGAGGAAGCAGGGAGCUCCAUGUCCACUCUGGAGAGGUCCCUUGCAGCACGCCGGGCCACCAGGGCAAAGCUCAUGAUUCCCAUGGAGGCCCAGUCCAACAAUCCUGCUGUCGUCAGUGCCAUCCCUGUGCCAACACUCGAAAGUGCCCAGUAUCCUGGAAUCCUCCCAUCUCCCACCUGUGGAUACCCCCAUCCUCAGUUCACUCUCCGGCCGGUACCAUUCCCAACACUGUCUGUGGAUCGAGGAUUUGGAGCAGGAAGAAGUCAGUCUGUGAGUGAAGGACCAACCACCCAACAACAGCCCAUGCUGCCUCCAGCUCAGCCUGAACAUCCCAGCAGCGAGGAAGCACCCAGCAGAACUAUCCCCACAGCGUGUGUCCGACCAACUCAUCCACUCCGCAGCUUUGCCAACCCUUUGCUACCUCCACCAAUGAGUGCAAUAGAACCCAAAGUCCCUUACACACCACUUUUGUCUCAGUCAGGACCUACUCUUCCCAAGACUCACGUUAAAACAGCCUCUCUUGGGCUGGCUGGAAAGGCAAGGUCCCCUUUGCUUCCUGUGUCUGUGCCAACAGCCCCCGAAGUGUCUGAAGAGAGUCACAAGCCAACAGAGGAUCCAGCCAGUGUAUAUGAACAGGAUGACUUGAGUGAGCAAAUGGCAAGCUUGGAAGGGCUAAUGAAGCAACUUAAUGCCAUCACAGGUUCAGCUUUUUGACACAUAUUGCCGAAGCACUGAGAUUUUCUGGGAACUUUACAGCAUACCAAUUAUCCAUAAACAGCACACCUGUGUCCAUAAACUCUAACCAGUGUACAGGUCAACCAUCAGGACCACUCAGUUAAGGAACAUCUGAUGCAGUUCAGAAGGAAUCGGCAUCCCAUCCUACAUGGACAUCAGGAAUUGGACAAGGAUGGCCAUGAGGUCCCUGAGCAAGAGCAAAGAUGCAUAUUCACUGAAAAGUCAAGACUGAAGUUGCCGGCAUAGUUCUGUGUCUUUGUCACUACAGUGACCAUGGUGUCAUCACUAAUGCCUACAUUUUCUUUCAGUGAUACCUUUCCUUUUCUGUGUAGGUCCGGUCUUACAAAAUACAAGUGCAUUAUUCCAGCCUG